AUGGCUUCUAAGGAGUUGGAUUUAGUCAAUAAAGUUGACCUUCGCAUUGCUCUUGCCGAGUCUGACUCGCAGUUGGAGAAUGCCUUGCAUCUGUACUUGGCUCCAUUACUACUUAAGCUCGCCAGUCCUGAUGCCCAAGUUCGGCUGGCGGUGUUCAAGUCCGUGCAGAAUAUUUUCCCCCGGAUCACCGCUGCCAGAACACUCCAAUUGCCUGUUCUGGCGCUUCUUUCGCAAGUCAAAGACCCCAAAAUCCCUCAUGGACAGAAUGCCUCUCAAGUAAGGCUUUACACGCUUCUAUUUCUCUCCAAGGGUGUGGAACGAAUGAGUGCUGACGCUCAGGCGGCGUUAAUUCCUGAACUUGUUGCUGGUAUAAGCUCUUAUCCGACAAAUGUCGCUGCUAGAAUAUUUAGUAUUCUCGUAAAAGUGUUGAAAGACUGGAAAGCUCCAGCAGCUGAUAUUGAUGCUGAUAAAGCAGCUAGAGAUGCGUAUGGAUUCGAUAAGAAUCCUCAAGAUGAGCUCUUUUUGUCGGAAAAAAUUCUGAAAUUAUUCAUGCUCCAGCCCAAUUCUGGAGCUGUCCCCAUUCAGACUGGAGGAAUGAGUGUCGACGACAGUGCAUUUUUCACACGCGAGGCUGGAAUCUCGUACAAAACGCAACAUGAGAUUAACGACACCAAAUUGCGCCUUCUUGAGUUCAUGCGCCUGGGUUUUUCUGACGAAGCUUUGGUGGUGCCGUUGCUCAUUGCAACUACUGAUUCAUCGUCAAUUAUCGCCGAUCGCGCAGAUAUGUGGUAUAAAAAAUUAACCGUGAACACCGAAGAUGAGCGGUUAAUCUCGACCUUGGUGACAUUAUUCAUUGGUGUGGAGGGCAACUUUCCUCCAGUCAAGUCGACAUUGCAGGAGAAGAUCUUGCUGGUGCUCUGUCGAAGCCAAUUCGCAAUCUCACAUUCGGAGGUGGAGGCUAUCUCUAGCUUGGGUCUCCUGUCUGAUUAUGCCCGGUUGAGACAGACAGCAGUAGCGUUCAUCAGGAAGGUCACACUGGCAGAAACCUCGGUCAACCUGAAUGGGAAUUUUGAGGUCAGUAUCGCUGCCAAAUUGAAGGAUAGCAUCAUGGCAGAUGGAUGGCCCGAAAUUGACACCUCCCAAGUCUCAAAUUAUAGAACGGCUAUAGGGCUGAGACAGCUCCAGUAUGAAGCUUUAGGUGAUGUUUUACGAAAUACUCCCGAUUUAUGGAUGAAUGACAUAUCGUACUUGUUAUUCUUAUUCGACUCAUUGAAAAGCGAGAGCUCAGAUUUAAGACCUGUUUUGCAAGAUGUUCUCUCUCGGCUCACUGUCCACCUUCCCAAACUCUCUAGUGAAUGUAAGAAACAGUUGAAGGGAAUGUUGCGAGAGUUCUUGAUUUCUUCGAACCAUGGGCCCAGCAUAUCAUCUUGUCGAUACCUUGCCAUGAAGUAUGUGAAUUGCUCAUUUCCCUUCAACGAUGCUGAGGCCAGACUCCUCUGCAUUAUGGGAACUUGGAAGGUUAAUAACUCAGAGACUGUGGAGGAAGCGAACAAGGGCUUGCAUCCAUACUACUUCAACCUUCUCCAAUCGUCUAAUUCCCUUGAUUAUGAGUCAUCUUUGGAAUUUUUGGGCAAGAAGUCUGAAAUUCGUUUCCCGACCUUCGCCGAUAUUACCGUCACAAUCAGGGACGAAUUGAAAAACGCCGACAGCAACUCUCCCAUUUUCCAAUGCUUCGGUGAGGCUGUUCGGUUUACUUUGAGGGUGUUGGUCAUGCAAGCAGUUGAGGGAAAAACCACGGUUAUUGUCUCAGAUGACGAUUGGAGCUCCAGAAUAGAUAAGGCUUUGGAAGUGGAUGAAUUUGUGCGUCUGCUCGUUGUGUCUGAAAUUGGUGUGUUGUCACAAGUCGAUAGUUCGAUGGAUGCUUCAGAUGAUACGAGCAACUCCUUUAAUGUCUUCCAUUUGUUCCUCGAAAUGACUUUUGAAGCCCUUUACGAUCAGUAUUUUGGCAAGACAGCCAUUGCUACAGAUGUUACUUACGGCUCUGUGUUUGCGAUGUUGGUGUCCAUGUCUCCAUCAUCUGUUGUUGAGAAACUCAUUCCCGCUCUUCCUAAGUUGUUGGCAUUAGUAAAUGAGAAACCACUCGCCAAAAAGGCACUUGAAGAGCUCUGCGAAAGUAUAAGUAUUAUCGGUACCCAUUCAUCAGUCGAACUGAGUGCUGUGAACGACAUGUUACGAGUCUUAACACUGCAAGAAGUGGCUUCACAUACUAUUGAAGCACGAUUGAUGGCAGCAGCAUUUCUUGUGUCGAGAAUGGUCCUCAGAUCACGAGUGGAUGACCUCGAGAAGAAACUUGUGAAGCAGCAUUUUGUAAGUGUGUUACAAAGCUUGUCCAAUGUUCGCUUGUAUGACACUGCCCUAGAAACUAUUUCCCAGUUGGCUGUUUUUGGUGCCUUCGGACCUAAAUUGAACUUGAUUGAGGAUGUUCCAUCUUAUGUUGCAGAUGUUAGAGCGAUUAUUGAGCCCCGAGCUAAAGCCUGUCAUGAGUUAUCUGUUUUGACGUUAUCCAAACUUGCUCUUUCAUUACCACAAACUUACAAGUCGUCUGACUCAGACGAGUUAAACUCCAUUGAGAAGCUCGUGUAUGACACACACGUAUCAAAGCAAAUGGAGUACAUUUUUGCUAGUGGUGAGGCCCUUCUGACUCUUGCAGGCGGUUGGCAGUCCAAGAAGAUCCAACAGAUGAUUGACAUCGAAGGGGAGGCAGUUGAAUAUGUUCCCACUGAAACAGGUCGUCUUGAAAUAAUUCUCGAGAAAGUCCUCCAGGCUUGCUCACAAACAAAACCCUCUCUUCGUACUGCGGCAUGUAUUUGGUUGCUUUCCAUUGUCCAAUAUUUGGGUCAUUUACCGGUUAUCAAAGAACAUGCAGCAGAGAUUCAUGUGGCUUUCAUGAGGUUUUUAGCUGACAGAGCCGAAUUAGUUCAAGAAUCUGCUUCGCGUGGUUUGAGUAUAGUUUAUGAGCUUGGGGAUGCUGACUUGAGGGAAACAUUGGUAAAGGGAUUGUUUAAGUCUUUCACUGAUUCCAAGGCCUCCGCCUCUUUGGGUGCGGGAACUGUUGACCUUGAAACGCAGCUUUUCGAGGAAGACGUGAUGAAGACCCAUGAUGGUUCUGUCUCAACUUAUAAAGAUGUCUUAAAUUUGGCAGCUGAUGUUGGAGAUCCCUCCUUGGUGUAUAAGUUUAUGUCCUUGGCAAAAUCCAAUGCAUUGUGGUCAACCAGGAGGGGUAUGGCAUUUGGAUUGGGAUCCAUCUUGUCCAAAUCAAGCUUGGAUGACAUGCUAGCAAAGAACGAAAAGUUGAAUGCUAGAUUAAUUCCAAGACUCUAUCGGUACAGAUUCGAUCCAAACACUCAAGUGUCCAAAUCCAUGAACGAUAUUUGGACUGCCCUUGUAAAGGAUUCGCUGAAGACGGUACGUGACAACUUCAACAUUAUUUUGGAUGAGAUCUUGAAGGGAAUGGGUAGUAAAGAGUGGAGAGUUCGUCAAGCUAGUGCGGCAGCCUUGAACGAGCUUCUUCAAACUCAAACUUUGGAACAAUAUGAAGCAAGGUUGGAAGAAAUCUGGAACAUGAGUUUCCGUGCGAUGGACGAUAUCAAGGUGAGUGUGAGAAAAGAAGGAAACCAGUUAGCCAAAUCGUUAGCAAGAAUAGUCAUUCGCACAGCUGAUGUUAAGACAGGCAAUGUCACAGAGUCAAAAGCCACCGAAGUCCUUAACAAUUUGAUUCCAUUUUUCUUGGGAAACAAAGGACUUUUGAGUGACGCUGAGGAUAUUCGUAAUUUUGCCUUGGAGACAAUUUUGAAGCUAUGCAAAACCGGAGGAAAGGCGAUCAGGCCACAUGUCCCUAAUUUACUAGGAAUCUUUGUCGAAUUGAUGUCAACACUUGAACCCGAAAUUGUUAAUUACUUGGUGUUGAAUGCUGACAAAUACAAUCUCAAAAGCAGCGAUGUCGAUGCCAGGAGACUUCAGAGCUUGGGCCAUUCACCAAUGAUGGAUGCCAUUGAGCAAAUCUUGGGUUUAUUAGAUGAACUGUUGAUGGCAGAAACAGUGCAGCAGCUUCGCAAAUGUGUUAAGAAGUCCGUUGGUUUACCUUCUAAGGUUUGUGGAAGCAGAGUCAUUGUGAGUCUUAUCACAAAGCAUUAUGUAAUCUCCAAGCCAUAUGGAAACACCUUACUUGAGAUUUGUGUUGGUCAAUUGAGUGAUCGCAACUCGACAAUUUCCUCCUCUUAUGCCGCUGCAGCUGGGUAUUGUUGCAAAAUUGCACAUUUAGAUUCUGUGCUUGCCUACAGUGACAAAAUCAGGAGUCUAUACUUCGAGUCUGGAGACGAAAGUUCGCGUCUCCUCGCUGGUGUUGCCUCCGAGGCAGUGAGCAGAUACUGUGGAUCCGAUAGAUUCGAGGCGGUGGCUUCUGCCUUCUUGCCCCUAGCCUUCAUUGGCAGACACGAUAUUGACGAGGCUACAAAAGAAGUUUUUGAGAAAAUGUGGAUCGAGAGUUCAAGUGGAAAUAGCGCAAUCAAACACUAUUUUGAGGAAAUUUGUCAACUUUGUGAGAAAUAUGGCAAGUCCAACAAUUACGAAACAAGAAAGAUCAUUGCUGGGUCCAUUGCAGACAUGUGUACAGCUAUUGAUGUGGAUUCUGAGAAAGACGCUAUAAAGUUGAUCAAUAUUAUUUUAGAUUCUUGCCAGGGUAAGUCUUGGUCAGGAAAGGAGGUUGUGUUUAAAGCAUUAGUUACGUUUGCUUUGAAGAAAGUUGAUUUCUUGAAAUCUCAUGGGGACAUAUUGACUAGGGUUGAGCGCACAGUCACUACUGAAGUCAAGCGUCGUAACAAGCAUUACCAGAUGAAAGUCAUCUUGGACGUUGGCAACUUCAUCAAUGUGUUCUCGAACAAUGAUGAACUUAUCGACAUCUACAUUGACAUUAUGACAGAUGUCGAGACAGAUGAUUACUUUGAGGAUGUUGAUAUUGACAUGGGUCACACUGACUCGAAAGUUCAUAAGAGUCAGAUUGCUGUGACCGUUGAAGAGCUCUACCUCUCGUAUAUUGGAAACACUUUUGAUGCUAUCGACACUUCAAAUAUUAAUCUGGACUUGUUGAAAUUUGCAUUUGCUUCUAUGAAGAAGUUUAAGGAUAGUGGCCACGAAUUGUCUUGGAGAACGUGCUAUUCCUUUAACGAAUUUAUUAAGAGAAUAUUGGACCCCUUGGCAGUUCUGGAUGUUGAUAUCGAUGCUAAGCAAUUGAAGAUAAUUUCCGAAGGAUUUAAGACUGUUGUUGAUUUCGGGGAGUCAUACAGAUUGCAAAAGAAUGCGAUCAUACUAGCACGAAACUCCAAAUUGAUUCUCGAUAUCUUUAGAGCGAACAGUCAAACGCAUUUGGUUCCCAACUACUGCUGCAUGGUCUUUUUUGUUAUGGAAUGUUCCAUGCUUUAG